AGUCAACACUUGGCGGCUGAGCCCGCUUCUAUCUUGUAGCACUUGUGCUAACAGCGUUCGAGGAUGGCCAAGUUGCUCCUCUUCCUUACCCUGGCCCUGGCGGCCGGACAGGACUAUGAUCCGGUGCUGGCGGAGUCCUGUCUCGAGGACGCCGAGUGCGCUUUGUCCUUGCGUCAGCUUCGCGGCAAGCAGUCCUUCGCCAACAUUGCGGACCACUGGCAAAGCCCAGAUGCGGAAGCGGAGUCGGCUGCCACGGAGGAAGCGGAGCCAACGACGGCGGAUGUGAAGCCAACAACAGCGGAUGUGAUUCCCAUGACGCCGGAUGCGAAGCCGAUGAUGAAGCCGAUGACGGCGGAUUUGCCCGCACCCACAGCUACGACGGCCAAGAAGGACACAGAGGAUCCCUUUAGCAAGCCGGCAGAGGAGCUUGAUCCUGGCUUCAGCCAGCCCGCUGCCACCACCGUGAAGCCUGACGAGAGCCCUGCGACGGCAGAGGCGGCAUCGGAGGACCCUUUCAGCAAGCCGGCGGAGGAGGUUGAUCCUGGCUUCAGCCAGCCCGCUGCCACCACCGUGAAGCCUGACGAGAGCCCUGCGACGGCAGAGGCGGCAUCGGAGGUGACACCUGCUGAAGGGCAGGCAGCGACCGGGAACUGGAGGCUUGAAAAGCUCUUUAUGGGCGCAGAGCUGGGCGAGUAUCCUCUGGCGGAGAAGAUGAAGGGCCGGCCGGUGACUGCAAGCAUUCGAGAGAAGGACGGCAAGAUCCAGAUUAGCAUGCGGAUUGUCAACACCCUGAACUUCUUUGCAACAUCGAAAGCAGAUACCUCCCUGGCACCUUUCGAUGCUUUGACCAUCACCGGCCCAGGCAUCUCCACCAUGAUGGCCGGGCCUGAGAGCAUGAUGCAGACAGAAGGCGCAGUGUCCCGAGCUCUGCCGAGCGUUCGUAAGUGGCUGGUGAAAGAUGGCAAGCUCAUCAUCAGCGGACCCACUAUGGAGAUGACCUUUGUCCGGCCUAGCGAGGAGCCUGCGACCACCGAGGACCCGGCGGACAGCUCACCUGCAGAGCCUGCAGCCGAGCCGCUGCCGGAGAAGACCGCUCCGGAGCCGCCAGCCAAGCCCGCCACGCUGCCGGCCCAAGUGGAAGAGCCGCCAGCCAAGCCUGCCACUCUACCGGCCCCCGUUGAAGAGCCGCCAGCCACGCCCGCCACGCUGCCGGCCCCCGUUGAAGAGCCAGCCAAGCCCGCCACACUGCCGGCCCCUGUUGAAGAGCCAGCCAAGCCCGCCACACUGCCGGCCCCCGUUGAGGAGCCAGCAACGCCUGCCACACUGCCGGCCCCCGUUGAAGAGCCAGCCAAGCCCGCCACACUGCCGGCCCCCGUUGAGGAGCCAGCAACGCCUGCCACACUGCCGGCCCCCGUUGAAGAGCCAGCCAAGCCCGCCACACUGCCGGCCCCCGUUGAAGAGCCAGCCAAGCCCGCCACAUUGCCGGCGGAAGAGCCAGAGGAGGCGGAGGAGCAGGAGGAGGAGGCGGAGGAGGAGCCAACUCCCGCGGUGAACAACACUCUGCAGAUGGAGUGGGAAGAGAAGCAGGGCGGCCUGUGUUGCUACAGCGGUGACAACCCCGCGGACACCUGCGGCAGCUGCUAUCCCACGGCGGUGGCAUCUUACAAGAGCCCCUGCGCCUCAGGGAAGUACAAGUGCAUGUCCUGCGGCGGCAGCUGGUGCCAGCCCAAGUGCGUCAUGGGCGCGGCGGACCCCAAGAACAAGUGCAAGACCGCCUUCCCCACAGGCAUCGCGGACUCCAAGAGCACCUGCGGCGCCAACGCCAAGACCUGCGCGGCCUGCGAAGGCGAAUGGUGCAGGACCGGCGUGUCCUCGGUGCCGGAGGCCCACAAGGGCCCUGUGAGCAGCUCCGACGCUUCCAUCGCCACAUCCACGGUGCAGGGCUUCUGCUGCUACCGCGGCAACGUCUUCGCCAAGAACAUGUGCGGCGCCUGUGAGGACGUGUCGAUGGACAUUGCGUGCGCCAACGUGGCAGGAUGUGGCAAGUGCGGAGGCACCUGGUGUGCUGGGCCUCGUUGCGUGAAAGCCUACAAGGACAAGAGCAACCCCUGCGGCUCCGCAUACCUCACGAGCGUGGCGAGUGCGAAGGACUACUGCGGCGGCUCCGAGAGCCAUUGCCUGGACUGCGCGGGAGCCUGGUGCUCCGCGGACAACAUCACCUACAUCAGCGGGGAGAAGUUCGACCCCUCCAAGCCCAUUGCCGCGGAGGAGCCGGAAGACGAGGAGGUGGAGGAAGUGGUGGAGGUGGAGCCUGAGGAGCCAGUGCAGGUCGAAACCAUCGACGAUCUCUUCCCCAAUCCGUUGGCCCCCAUCCCGUGAGCGUCUCUUUGACCGCGCCGAUGGCGUGGUGUCGGGGCCCUGCAAAGCAACGAAACAAGCA